CAGACCGCCUUUCUUUGCAUCGUGCAUCAGCAAGUAGGGAAGGCUUAUGCAACGCCAACUCUACGACUUUUUGCAUUGUUAUUGCGCGGCUGUUGGGCUUUGCCUCGAUGUUUCAGUUUCUCGCCCCUAUGGCAAAUGGCUUGCCUCAGGUAUCCGCAUCGCCUUAACCCCGACGCUUAGAGACAGCGUACAGGAUGCGGCACAGCAGCGCAGUACCGGUGCCUAGCAGAGAUUGCUAACAUGUGAUCUAUCAUUUCCUACCCGGUAUCACCAUCGUAUUCGCUUUUCCGACGUCCCCCUAUUCAUCAGCGUCGAUGUACAUCUCCACACCUUCUUCGUCGCCUUCCUCCAUCCUCAAUCACGCGACUGCGGACUCAGUAUGUGGCUUCGAGGGCAAUAACGACAUCUACGGUAUCGGGAUCCGGAUCGGUAUCUAUGCGCAGAUCCUGGCUGUGUGGUUCGCAAACUACUUCCUCCUCUCGGAGGCCCAGGUACUCCGCGACUCUGUCAGCAUCUUCAGUGUCGCGAUCCUUAUCGUCGCGUUGAUCUACGCUUCUAACCCCACCGGUGUGUAUGCCGUGGAGGCAUUUGUCUUGCUGCAAAUUCUGGCAUGGAGUUGCAUGACGGGUGUGCGAGCCAAGUCCUCGUACAACAAAGCUACUUUUUCGCGCGGCAGCUUUCUGAGGAGAGUCAUGUGUGAGAUUGUUAACCUAGUGAAUAUAUGUCUGCAUGUUUGGUUUUGGUGGGCAGGGUUAGAUCAUAUGAAGAAGACGCCGUGUGGUACGUGGUUGAUGAUGUAUGUGGUCAAGACGGAUCUGUUUGGCUGGGCGAGGAAGGUGAUGAUGGCUAUGAGUCUGUUCGUGUUGCUUUGCACGAUCUAUUGGAUGGUUCUGGGGUUUCUGAAACCUUGGACUAGUUGGAAGGUCAAGGAAAAGAGAAGGCAGUUCGUCGAGGCGGUCAGGGCAUGGGAGGAGUCUCGGGGACAGAACUUUGGUGAAGAGGAUGUUGAGGGAAAGAACACAGUACCAGGUGAAGGCACUGGGAUGCAGGAUACCUCGAAACAGAAGUCAUCGCAUGACGAAUGUUCUCGAGCCUUAGGCUCUCGCUGCUUGCCCACAAGAUCGGAUUUCGGACAUGUCCGUCCGUUCAGUCUAGUUCGCACGCGUUCAGAUCCCCUGGCGCAACGAACAGCAGGGUGGAAACACUUCUCUCGCCUCAGCCACGAGGGAAACUCAACCCGAUCGUCUCUCAUAACUGUUCAGGAGGUCCCGUCGCCUACAACACUGACUUCGCUGUCGUCUUCUCACACCAACACAAGCGUCCCCCAAUCUUUACCGGACCUCUCCAUCAUCCAGGAAGUGUAUGAAAGCGAGCGAUACAUCCAACAAUGCGUUACAGCGAGUCCAUAUCAGAUGAGUUCCGACGGAAAACCUCUCACUUUUCCAGUCAUCGCACGCUCGAUCCUCUUCCCGAAGAAGUACCGCAGCGCAACUGCUGGGAAACCAGCACCGCCAUCUUGGUUCCACUGUCAACUAAACAGCUACAUAGCGUUCCUUACAUGUCGCUUCCCGCCCCAAGCUUUCGUCAUCUACUCGCAUCUACGACAAGCCCAUCUUCUCGAUCCGCUCAAUGGACCUUUCCAAACAUACGCCGCCAUAACAUAUACAUCAGCUCCUUCAACCCCGGAUGUCAUACCGCCAUGGACCUCGGUUUCAUUGGCUUCAUCUCUCUUGCUUACCAACCCUGCAAUGCCAAAGAAGAUCUGGCUGGGGUGGUACUACGCCAUUCUCGAUCUGCUUAUCCAUGUCAUUGUUAUCUUGCAGCUUGAGUUGACGUUGCAUUGGAAUCACGUGAGUGGUUUGAGUGGGCUGUGGACUAGUGUUGGGCAGUUGAUACCUUUCAUUAUUGGUGUUGGCGGGCUGGGGUUGGUGAUCACUAGAUGGAUGGUGCGGAUGUGGGUUAAGAGGGUGAUUGCAAGAGGUGAGAAGAGUGGGUGGGAAGUUGAUGUGGAAGAAGAUGAGAAACUCAACGAGGAUGUUGAGGAGUACAUUGUGGAUGGAUUGAAGGGUGGAAGAAAGCGUAUGCAGCAGAGCAAGCAGGAUCAAACAGAUGACGUAUGCUGGGAACAAGGACAAUACGAACAUAUUAAUGCCUUCACCCAUCUUGAAGCUACUUGAACUAGGAAAUCGCUUUUGCUUCGGGUUACAUGUGCUGCCAAAAGUUUUUCGCUAAGAUGAGGCAUGGAGUGGCAAAGCAAGGCAGGUCCCCCAACGCGUGCCCUGUACGCUCCUGUGCCGCAUCGCGCAUGGACACCGCCUCCUUCUACGCAUGUAUCCCAAACACCAGCUCUCUUGCUACGUUUCUUGUACGACAAUAAUUCCUACUUCUCCUCAGCAUUGAUAACUAUUAC